AUGGACGUUAAAGGUGCCUUUGACGCUGUUCUGCGAAACCGGCUCACUCAGAGACUCCAUAGACAAGGCUGGCCACUUAACCUGAUACGCUGGAACUCGCCUGCGGACUCCCGCAGGGCUCCCCGAUCUCCCCGAUACUUUAUCUACUUUACAUUGUGGAUAGCUACUCCCUCGACGGCGCAGACAAACGAAACCUCGCGACGAGCCGAGCAAGCGAUCCAACGUAUGGUCGAAUGGAGCAAAUCCACGGCAGUCACAUUCGACCCUGCGAAGACAGAGAUUAUACACUUCACCAGGAAACGAGCCUCGGAAGCCCCGACAAUCCGACACGAAAACAAGGUGAACAAGGCCGCGCCGUCGAUGCGAUGGCUCGGGGUCUAUCUUGAUAGCAAACUAAAAUUCAACGCUCAUAUUACCUACUAG